UAGCAUAAGGUUUAUUAGCGCGGUGCGAACGCACUUCAAAACGAGUGGGUACAAGAUUCUGGAGUGCGCCGUGUGUUAGCGAUUGAUAUAUCUCACCAUUCAGUCAAUUUUCUUCCGCUGUGAAGACGCAAGUAAGUGUUCGUAGAUAAAUCUAUGCACCAAUUUCUCCGUAAUAUUGUGCAGAAACUUAUAGUUUAAUAAGUAGCAUCUGUGUUACAAGCAAAACAAAUUCACAACUUCACAUAAUAUAAAUUCAGCUACCUUCUUCAGGCACUCAGCAUGGAUCUACCCAUCUCACUGAACUCGGCACUAGUGCUGACGACAGCCUCGCUCCUUGCUUGGCUAUGGGUGCGCGAGAAACUCAGCUACUGGUCCAAGCGGGGCGUCCCGUUCGUUUCCCCCUGGAGGUGCCUCGUCGCCACUCUAGCUUUCACGAUCAAACGGAAACCCUUCUACGAGAUUUUCCUGGAGCAGUACGAAGCCCUGCGAGGCCACCCGUACGGCGGCACCUACCAGCUCCUCAACCCUGCUGUCAUCCUCCGGGACCCAGCAAUGAUCAAGGAGUGGCUCGUCAAGGGCUUCAACAACUUUCACGACCGCGGCCCGGAACCGGACGAGAAGGUGGACAAGCUCAGUGGGAACCUCUUCCAGCUCACCGGCGAAAAGUGGCGCGUCGUUCGGCAGAAACUCGCCCCCGUCUUCAGCUCCGCCAAGCUUAGGAUAAUGUUUCACACUUUGAAAGGGUGCGCGGAAGAGCUAAGCGCUCACCUGCGCUCGCGCUGCGGUGCUCGCGGGGAGACGGAGCUAGACAUUAAGGACCUGGUGGCCAACUACACGAUGGACGUGAUCGGAGCCGCCGCGAUGGGCGUCCAAUGCAACGCCAUCCGGGACCCGGAGAACUGCACGAUGAAGGAGGUGGCGCAACGGAUGUUCCGCUCCGACUUCCGAUUCGCAUUCUUCCAGUUCCUCGAGAUGGUCCACCCGAAGCUCCCAAGGCUCCUGGGUCUGACGCCGAGGGAUAGGAUGGUUCAGGACUUCCUCGGCCAGGUCACGAAGGAUGCUAUGGCCAUGAAGCAGCAGGAUGCCCAUGGGGACAGGAAGGACUUCCUCCAGCUGCUCAUGAAGUACAGCCAGGAGGAGGAUGGCGAUGCUCAAGAUUCGAUUAUAACGGAAGGAGUGAUAAUGGGCGUGAUCGCUUCGUUUCUGUCUGCCGGUCUCGAACCUGUGUCGGCCACGGUGACUUUUGCCGCGUACGAAUUGGCCCACAAUCCUUGGGUCCAAGAGAAACUAUUCAACGAAAUUCAAGCGGUCAAGAAAGAAUCCGGUGGGGAUAUCCAGUUCGAUGAUCUUAAGAAACUCCAUUAUUUGGACCAGAUCGUCAAUGAAACUCUGAGGAAGUACCCCAUUGCUCCGGCUUUGGCGAGAAAAUGCACGGAGGCAUUCCAAGUUCCUAAUUCUAAAGUAGUGAUAGAGAAAGGCACCUCUCUAAUGAUCUCAACAUGGGGCCUCCACCGUGAUCCGGAAUAUUUCCCCGAGCCAGAAAAAUUCGACCCCGAAAGGUUCUCAGAAAAGAAUCUUGACAAAAUUGUUCCAGGAACGUACUUGCCAUUCGGCGAGGGACCUCGAUUUUGCAUCGCGCAACGAUUGGCUUUGAUGGACGUCAAAACAAUGCUCGUCACUUUAGUAUCAGACUACACACUUCACCCAUGCGCCAAUACUGUGAAGCGAUUUAAAAUGGACGUACACUAUUUCACUCUGAGUCCAGACGGUGAAGUACGGCUGCGCCUUAAAAAACGUAACUGAUCUAAAGCGUAGGAGGGAACCACAUCCUUAUUCCUCUUAAACGCACGCCCUUUAGGUACAGACUUAAGGUGUGAUACGUUUAUUUGUAAAAAUAGUAUAGCAAUUUGCAUUAUUCAAAUAUAUUUUUUAUGGAA